AGCUAAGCUGCGGGGAGCUGUGCGGGCUGCGGGGCUAUCUUCCAGCCAGUCCAGCGCCGGGCUCCUGUCCCCAGCCCUCAGCCAGGAUGCUCCUCAGCUUCCGCAGGAACCGCCGGAGCCAGUUCAACCACAUCAUCCAUGGCUUCCUCCCUGCAGCCAGCAUUGCUCCGAAGCCAGCUGUGCCACGCACACCCCCUCCCCGAAGCCCCAACCCUUCUCCAGAGAGGCCCAGGUCGGCUCUGGCUGCAGCCAUCCUGGCAACCACGUUGACUGGACAGACAGUUGCCAUUCCCCAGCCUCGCCAGAGAUCCCGGUCUGAGAGUGAUGCCUCCUACGUUGAAAAGGACAGCUUCAUCGAGCCCUACGCCACCACCUCAGAGCUGAGGCUUCGGCAAAGCUGGCAGAAUGAGCCAAGAAGGACUUCACUACCAUCCUUUGCGACGUUAGGCCUCAGGGAGGAUGAAGAUGCUGAAACACAGGUGUCAACCAGCUGCAGGGAGUCGGAGUCCUCCACCUGGAAGGAUGUGGGAGAUGGCAGAGAUGCCGCAUACGCCGUGCCUCACAGGGAUCAGGUUCUGUCGUCACAAAAGCUGGUGAGAAAAGACAAUGCUUCUGUGCAAGACUGGCUUUCAGACUCCUCUUCCUCCUCUACACCACAGUACACUCGCCAGAAAGAUGUUAAACAUUCUGUUCUGAAUCUAGAGGAUGAGAAAGUGCCAUUGCGUGAAAAGCCUCCUCCCUCCCCAGAUGUAGCUGGUAGAGUACAUCAGAGAUACACAGAAAUAACCAAAGAAAAGUUUGAGGAGUUAAAAGAAGAGACUGUGCACCUGUACACUGCAAACCAAGCCCUCAGCCUUGAACUGAGCGCCCUGAGACAGGCGAUGAAGGACUUACAGCUGAAGCUCAAGAUGGUGGAGAAAGACAACAGGAAGCUGAAGGAGACAGAAAAGGCCUCCUCUCGGGAAGUAGUCACACCCGAAUUGCUUUGCCUAAGGAAGCAAAGCCAAGACCUGAUGGAUGAAAACGAGGGGCUGAAGAUGAUUGUCCAUCGGCUGAACGUAGAACUCAGUCGCUACCAAACAAAAUUCAGGCCUUUGUCUGAGGAAGAGUGUUCCCAUAUCGAAGGCCUCCCGUCCAAGGGCCCCACACCCCCCUGGCUGGUGGAUAUAAAGCACCUCUCACCACUGUUGCUGGCUUAUGAAGACAGAAUGAAAGAGAAGGACAAACUCAGUACCACCCUGGAGGAGGAAAUGAAGACCUUUAGGCUGCGAGUCCAAGAAGUCGUGAAGGAAAACGAAAGCUUGCACCAAGAGUUAACUAAGAGGAGCCCAGUCACCAUCGAUGAAUGGAGGCAGCUUCAGACUCAAGCAGAGCUGGUUCUAGAUGAGAACAAGCUGUUGCUCGAGCAGUUGGAGAUCCAGCAAACAAAAGCCAGGGACACCCACCAGGCGCACCUCCAGGAUGUUUCUAAGCUAACUAAACAACUUGUGCUCCUGGAGGCAAAGACUCAGGGGCAGGAAAAACAGCUCGUGGAAAGCAAGGAGCAGCUGGAGAGCUUGCAGGACAGAUGCCGAGAGCUCAAAACACAGCUGGAUAGCAAGAUCGCAGUGGACGUCCACACAUCAAUUGUCAAUGAACUAAAAAGCCAAUUGCAGAAGGAAGAAGAGAAAGAUCGUGCUGAGAUGGAGGAGCUGAUGGCAAAGCUGACAGCCCUGCAGGUGCAGAAGAAGAGCCUGCUUCUGGAGAAGAGCAGCUGGGCCACCAGGAGCAGAGAGCUAGAGGCCGAGCUGGAGCGCACGCGCAAGACCAACAGGCGGUACCAAAAGAAAAUUGAUGUCCUUAGAAAACAAGUAGAAAAAGCUAUGGGGAAGGAGAUGUCUGCUCACCAGUACCUGGCAAACCUGGUGGGCUUGGCAGAGAAUGUCACCAAGGAAAGAGACAGUCUUAAGUAUUUGGCUCAGUGUUUAGAGAGCGAGAAGCAUGGGGCCCUCAACAAAAUCCUGAAAGGCAACAUUCGCCUGGGCAAGCUGGAGGAGAGGGUAAAGGGGUACAAGAAGCAGGCAGCACUGAAGCUGGGGGACAUCCGUCACCGCCUGAUAGAACAGCAGGAGGACUUUGCUGGCAAAGCAGCUCAGUACCAGAAGGAGGUGAAGCACCUGCAUCGGAUGCUGCAGGAAAAGCAGGAGGUCCUGGAUGAGGCUCUGCAGCAGAAAAGAAAUAUGGAAGGUGAGCUUGAAAUGGUUCUGGAGUCCACUGCCAAGGAGAACAGGAGGAUGCGGGGCCUUCUGCAGGCCACCCUGGAGAGGAGAGGCACACAGCAUGCCACAGCUCCUCAGGACACCUACUUGAGCCGCCUCUCUCAGGGAGACCUGCUGAUUGGCCAUGAUUUCAGCUAUGGCGACAUGCAGCUUCCUGCGACCAUCAACCGCCAGAGUCUGGGGGAGUCUGUGGCGUAGACCUCUUGUCUGAGGUGUCUGUUUCCUGCGGGCUGGUAGAUGGCUCCUCUCUCCAGGAGGGCCAGUGUCACCAGGAGGCCCAUGGAAGCCACUGAGGGUCAUAGACAAGAAAGAAAUAAACCCGCCCAGGCAUCAAA